AAGAAAGAUCAAACCUUUCCUUCCAAAACAUCUCAGCCGAAAACCAAAACUGAACUUAACCCUAAAAACAAAAAAAAUAAAAAAACAAAAGUCUUCAGCUCUAAGCAAAAGAGAUCAAGCGACUGAGAGUGGUGUAGAGACAGAAACUAACCACGAUCUGUGGUUUCUUCCCCAACACUCCCACUUGAUCGGACCUCGACAUUGCUGUGUUCUGUGUUUCCCAGAGUUCCAGACGAAAGAAAAAACAGAGAGAGGUUAGGGUAAUAAAAUAAUGGAGCGGUACGGUCGCGCCGGCGAACAAGGAUCGCGGUCGGAUCCAUCACUUGAAACCGGUAUACAAGGUUCGAUGUGGCGGUUAGGGUUAGGAGGCGGUGGAGGCGAAUCGUACCCGGAGAGACUCAGUGAGCCGGAUUGUAUCUAUUACUUACGAACCGGUGUUUGUGGGUACGGGUCAAGAUGUCGGUUCCAUCACCCACGAAACCGUGCUCCAGUUUUGGGAGGUCUCAGAACAACAGAAGCUGGAGAGUUCCCAGAGAGAAUGGGGCAGCCCGUGUGUCAGCAUUUUAUGAGAACGGGAACAUGUAGGUUUGGUGCUACUUGCAAGUAUCAUCAUCCUAGACAAGGAGGAAGAGAUUCUUUUACUAAUCCUGUCUCAUUAAGUUACAUGGGGUUUCCAUUACGCCCGGGAGAGAAAGAAUGUUCCUUCUACAUGAGGACAGGUCAGUGUAAAUUCGGUUCCACCUGUCGAUUUCACCAUCCUGUUCCUCCUGGUGUACAAGCUCCAUCUCAUCAGCAGUUAUCAACUGGUUCAGCUAUUUAUCCACCUCUUCAGUCACAAUCCCUUCCUUCAUCGCAGCAAUUUGGAGUAACUAUACCAAGACCUCAACUCUUACCAGGCUCAUAUCUUCAAAGCCCUUACGGUUACAACCAAAUGCUUCUUCCUCCUCCUCCUCCUCCUCCUCCUGGUAUGGUUCCAUACUCAGGCUGGAACCCUUACCAGGCUUCUUUAAGUACAAUGCCUUCUCCUGGGACUCAACCGUCUAUGGGAUCAAGCUCUAUUUAUGGAAUUAGACCGUUAUCUCCUCCAGCGCCUGCGUAUCCAUCUUCAAAUAAUGAACAAACUUUUCCUCAGCGACCUGGACAACCUGAGUGUCAGUACUUUAUGAGAACAGGAGACUGUAAGUUCGGAACCUCUUGCAGAUUCCAUCAUCCUCUGGAAGCAGCAUCUCCCAAGGGAGUUUCCCUCAGCCAUAUUGGCCUCCCACUUCGUCCUGGCACAGCGCAGUGCAGCCACUUUGCUCAACAUGGGUUUUGCAAGUUUGGGCCUGCCUGCAAAUUUGACCACUCCAUGGCCUCUUCUUCACUAAGCUACAGCCCCUCCGCUUCUUCCCUCACUGACAUGCCGGUGCCUUACCCUCUUGGAUCCUCAUCGCUCCUCACAUUAGCUCCGUCAUCAUCAUCAUCCAUGUCUGACCAACGCACAGAGCUUCACUCUUCGAGCUCCAUUAAACCCACUAACACAACAAGUGGUGGCUCAGAAACUUUGGCUUCUUCUAUGGCAAGUGGUGUGAGUCACUCAGAGUCUGCUGAGUCCAAAAAUGGUGACUCCGCUAGCAUUGAGGUUAAGACUUCAAGUUAAGUAGAGAAUAGAAUCUCUCUCUAUUCUUCUUUGACUAGUCUCUCUUUACUCUCCUUCUCUUCCUUUUUCAUCACACUUUCAUGAACUCAAGAACAUAAGAUUUUUUUUUUUUUUUGGGUGGAGACAACAAGAAGCAAACGUUGAGAGAAACGAAAGCAGCUCUAGUUUUAUUUGUUCCGUCUCUCCUCUUAUGUCUCUCUUACCAUGUUCAUAUGAUUCCUUCAUGCAUCCAUCUUUCUCUUAUAUCUUUUCUUAAAAAAACUUUUCGAAGUUAUUAUUUAUAAA